AUGAUAAAAUUCAUGGAGCACACCACGCGACUGUACAUCGAGUCCGGGCGCCGGAACGGGUCGACCGUGAAAAGCACGGAUGGUCCUCCAGGCAAAAAUGAGUUAGCUCCUCCAACAGUCACAUCGCACUACUCUCCUCCACCGAGAGUGGCCACUCCGCUGCCCCCGGAGGACUUCGCCUACUGCGAGCAUAUGCCAGACAUCCCCAAUACGAUGCAGGAGGAGUGGUAUGAAGAGAAGGCGCGACUCGUCGAGGUGGAUCCCGACAUUCAGAAUAGCAUUCAGGAAAUUGAAGAUCUGACCAAAGAUCUGCAAUUGGACAUCGAAGACGACGAGGACGCAUUCCGAGUGCUAAGGGGUGACCUGAAGAUGAACCGCGCCCCUGUCCAACAUCCAGCCUACAGGAAUAAAAUAUUUGGGGAUAAACUCUUCAACGUAGGAGCGGAACGACGCUAUCCUCGAACGACGAGUCGUGAACGCCCCCCGCAAACGACUCUAAGACAAAGGCGAGCCUCGGUGCCCCGCGUCAACGCCUCCAGAGCUACCCAGCGCUCAAAGCCAAACUUUGUACCUUCGAAAAAUUUCUUCACUGCAGGCCAUGAAACGCGGCGAGCCGCGAAGUCCCCGCGGCAAUUCCUGGAUGAGCUCAGGUCGAAUCGUGCUCCGAUUCUCCAGAACAACUUCCUCAAGAACCCUAGCGCCCGGCAAUCUGUGGACUACUAUUCCUCGCCCGCAACGCCGGACGACCUUGAUAUCGACAAGUUCCUCAGAGCCAACAGUAAAGAUGGCUCUGCCGGAAGCAGCAAUGGGUCCCGGCUUUCGACUCGAUCGACGCCGGAUGGAGUGUUGGAUGAUGUCAAAAACGCACCCUCGAGAACCAGAGAAUUCGGACCAUCGUACGAUGAUGCGGACGAGUUGAUAUUGAAAGACAUCGAACAGGAAUUCCUCUAGGAUUUCCGUCUCUUCACUCUACCAGUCGUUCAGUGCUUGCGGAUGUACAUAGGCUCUCUGUGACUGAGCUCGAAGCACAUAUAUGACUUC